UCACCCUGUUACCUGCUGCAAGUGCAACCUCAACUGAUCAUCAUAACAAGAUGGCUUCAUGUCUUCAUUUCAUUGUGGUCCUCUGUUUGACCAGUGGACUGUGGAGUGGAGCAAAUGCACAGAAAGAAGAAAAGCCAUGCCAUGACCCAUGUAAGACCUGCCCUUCUGGAUGGACUCCGUUUGAAGAUCACUGUUACAUGUACAAGCAUGCUGCUAAGACCUGGGCUGAUGCAGAGGUGGACUGCAUUGCCCUUGGUGGAAAUCUGGCUUCAAUCCCCAACAAGGUGUACACAUUUAUCAGAAAGAUCAUAAACACAGCGACUAACGCAAAUGAACAGACUUGGAUUGGAGGCAAUGACUUGGCAAAGGAGGGCGUGUGGAUGUGGAUGUGGAUGAUGGUACCAAGUUUGUCGCCAAAAACUGGGCUCCCGGCCAACCCGACAAUAAUCAGGUCAAGAAAACUGCUUGUCGAUGAACUAUCACGAUCUUAUCAAUGAUUCUCCUUGUACCCAUUUGAAACCCUUUGUUUGUGGGGUGCGCCUGUGAAGAACCCUGGCCCCCACAUGCUGACACUAUGAUGUCACCACCCCACUCGCGAUGUCUCUUCCACCAGGGUGUCAAGCCUCGAUGACAUCACUGCUGGAAGCCAUUUUGAAAUUUCUGAUUUUAUUUCAGCUGAUUUAAUAAAUGGAUACAUCCUGUCCAACAA